AUGAAGGCAAAAUGGGUGCAAUGACAUUUGCUGAAAUGUUGUGCCAAUUGAUAAAGUUUUCAGAUCAUUUGACGGAACUGCAUUUAGAUGGUAACUGCUUAGGUGAGCUGUGUGGAAAAGAGAUACUCGAUGCCUUAAAGGAAAGGAAAGAAGCAAAACUCCAGGAUUUAAACAUUGAAGUGUCAGCCCAAAUGAAUGCAGAUACUUUUAGCAACAUUUUGAAAAAUGCCAAAAAGCGCAAGAAAACCAAAAGGAAGAAGAAGAAAAAGAAGUGAUAAAAUGAAUCGGUGUCGUCUAGUAGUGCCAAAUCCAGUUUUACACCAAAGUUAAUAGUCCGAUUUCCUUAUCAAUUUUGUCAUCAAAGAACUCAGCCUCAAAAUUAUGGACGCAAAUCUUGAUCUCCUCAGUUGAUCUCAUGUUUCCAGAAAACUCUUGUACUCUUGUGAAAAAUGUUUGUGUUGGAUGAUGUAACUACCAUUCCCAUCUAAAAGAAUCCCUGAGGUCCAUUAGAUAUGUUUUGCAUUCUUUUUACCAAAGUUCAGUGUUGACUUGUUGCUACAGAAAAUUGGACCUUCUACUUUUAGGUAAAUUUUUGCCACACAGGUGCCAGUCACUGAUCAUUUGCAAAAAGUGAGAAUCUCAUCCCUCUCCUUGGAUUGUAACUAUCGUUGAGUUCUCCUCCUUAAAUUCCCUGGGAUUCAUCCUUAGCCAAAGAUGUAACUGGAGCAGCCACACAUUUUUUGACUCCAGGCAUGGGCCAGAGAAUGAGUAUCCCAAAGCAAGUGAUUUGUCAAUACCUUUCCGACGUCCUCAAGGCUGUAAUAGAAUAUUCCCUAUUUGCUUGGAUGAAUGCAUUUAAGAAGGUUAACUUCAUCCAAGCCAAAGUGACCCAUUUAAUGGCAUCCAUAUCCUCUACUUUAAACAUUUCACUCCCUGCACCACUAGCUCAUUCUGGAAGUAGUGUAUGCCACCUGUAAAUUGCAGUGCAGAAAGUCACCAGGGUUUCUUCAAUAAAUCCACAACCACUAGUGGUAUCAGGGCAUCUAUGGCACACAAACUCCAACACCUCCACCCUACAUCCCAUAAAUUGUAUGUCAUCCUGACUUGGAAAUAUAUUGCCGAUUUGACAUUCUCAUUGUCAAAAUCCAAAAUGUAAGUCCCUUCGCAAGUAGGCUGCAGCAAUUGAAGAAGGUGACUCAAUACAAUCUUCUCAGGAGCAAAUUAGGAUAAGCAAUAAAUGUAAUUCUUGCCAACAAUGCUGAAAUGCUGUGAAUGAUUUUAAAUGUAUACUUUGGUGCUACAGAUGUGUGUAUAUUUAACCAUCUUUAUUAGCUGAAGAAAUACACUUAUUUAUUGCUUUUGACAGCUGCAUGUAACACUGGA